AUGGAAGUUCUUGCCAACGACUACCCCAAACUUCACUCAACCCUUGAACUGGGUGAUCUUGUCUGGUUUGCUGUGCUUGCCGCCAAAGUCGAGGCUCGUACCAGAGGAGCAUGGUUCACCCGCGACAAAUCACCCGUGCCUUUCUCAGGGGCCGCGCUGAACCUUUCGCUUCCAAUUCACUUGACGUAUCAACUGAGUCUUGAUUCAGAAACAUGGCUACACUUCCGAUAUCGGGAAGCAUAUACCAGAAUCUAUCGCAAUCGCCCCAGUCAACGAAUGCUUGAUCUGUCAUCCCGUCCAAAAAUUGCAUCACCGCUCACGGCUAGAUGGAAGGUGUCCACACCAUUGGCAUUGUUACACUUAAAUGUCCCAGUAAGCUUCAUCAUUUGGACCGACUGUGGAUGUUCACCUCGCCAACCUGUUCCCCUCUGUACCCCUUACCGUUCAGAAUGUGCAACAGCUUACUGGCCUAGCUACUACUCCGCUAAGCGGAUUCGCACGUACUACUCCGCAGAUGAAGGGCAAAGCCGUGAUUGCUAUCAAAUUAGCUGUCACUUCUUUAUAACACACAGACUUGCCAAGUUUCUGCGAAAUGGCCAGAUGCUUGCCCACAUUUCCAACUUCAAUCUUGUCAAUAUGUUCAACUGGUCUCAUGUUGAUACGCUUUCUUUACCUGAACUUCCCACGGCACCUACGGUCUUACCAGCCUUGUCCGAAAUCUCAUGCAGAGACGCGUUAGACAUGCACUCCUUACUACAGCGAGCGGACCGCCGGAAAAAUCCUUUGAUUGUCGACACUUCUGCACCCGCCGACCAACGUUACCAUGCAGCAAUGCAGGCCGAGCUUGAAUGGAUUGCACUCAAAGGAAGCAAACACCAAGAUCACGUGUGCUCUGCCUGUCUCCGAGUGGUCCCGCUGCCAGGUGAAGAUGGCAAAGCCGAGUUGGGCUCGGUGGUCACCGAUCGCAUCACCAUUGGACACUGGCGGUGCUUGGCAACAUCCCAACAAUUGCGCAAUUUAGCCCUCGCAGAAGGAUUGUCCCCCCCAAACGGUCCUUGCACCACUCCUCUGGCAUGCGUGAAGGACCGUUUUUGCGCUCACCAUGAGAAGCUCCUAGGUCAACUUUGCCAGGCACAGCCGUGCCGCAACGACGCGGCAGAUGGUUCCAAGACGUGCGAGCUUGAAGAGCAUAUCAAGUCUUACUCCAAAUUCAAAGCCCGAGUCAGUUCCAACUUCUCACUCACGUCAAUGCUCAACCGGCCAGGCUCAAGUCUACCGUCCGACCCCACUGUGCACCAAGACUGGAACACUGCAGAAUUGGUGGAUAUGGACGAAGUUCAGGACGGCGACGAGGCUGAUCGCGCUCAUGAGCAAGUUCGCGAGGGAGCUGAUGCCCCCAAGGGCAAGAAAGGCGAUCAUGUGUGCUUUUCUCGGAGUCGCACUCACAACGACCAGCUGAUUGUGAGAUGUUGUGGCAUCAUCUUAGCGCGUGAAAUGUUUUUUCACUCGGAAGGUGUCAGUGCAGUACGGGAUUUUAUCUUACAUAUGUUUCCGGAACGCAUGCCUGAAGUCUGCUUUUACAAUAACGCUUGCAAGUUGGUCAACCAUAUUUACAAUGGUGGUGAUGACUACACACCUUCCUUAGAAACUGUGUUUCCUGUCGACCCUUUCCACUUUCGAGGACAUAAAGAAAGUGACGACUUAUGCCAGUAUUAUACUGACCCCAAACUUUUCCCCGAACUUCAUGAUGGUGCUGACUGGUAA